UAGUUUUGGCUGGAAUGGCUCAGCUGUGCCAAAUUAGCAUAAUGGAUCGGAAGCCCUUCCUGUUCACAGUCACAUGAUGGCGGAGAUAUAACCGUGCCUAAAUGCUCACAUGGGAGAGAAGGGUUCUGAAUGCAACAUCUACCCCUCUGCAUUCUCGUGGUCUAGAAGUGUGGAGGACCAAGUGGCGACGCAUGCUGACAACAGGGCAUACAAGGGCAAUGUCUGCCCUGCAGAGUUCAGCCUGAGCGGGAACACACAGCAGCACGAGCAGAUAGAUUCAUGGAAGAAUCCAUACAAGUGCGAUAUCUGCCCUGAGAAGUUCACCCGCAGUUGGCACCUACAGCAGCACAAGCGGACACACACAAGCAAGAAGACAUACAAGUGCGAUGUCUGCCCUGCGAAGUUCAGCCGCAGUUGGCACCUACAGCAGCACACGCGGACACACACAGGCGAGAAGCCAUACAAGUGCGAUAUCUGCCCUGCGAAGUUCAGCCGCAAUUGGUACCUACAGCAGCACAAGCGGACACACACAGGCGAGGAACCAUUCAAGUGCGAUGUUUGCCCUGCGAAGUUCAGUCAGAGCGGGCACCUACAGGUUCACAGGCGGACACACACGGGCGAGAAGCCAUACAAAUGCGAUGUCUGCCCUGCGGAGUUUAGCAGGGGCGGAAACCUAGAGCAGCACAAGUGGACACACACGGACGAGAAGCCAUACAAGUGCUGUCUCUGUCCUGCAGUGUUCAAACAGCGCGCAACCUUGUCACAUCACAAGCGAAAACAUACCGGUGAGCUGCCAUAAAAUUGCAUCCUCUGUCCUGCAAUGUUGAUCCACAACCCAAACUUGCAGUGUGAUACAAGUGUGGUCUCUGUCCUGCAGAAUAUCACAAGCAGACACCAUGAGGUGAGAAGCCAUAAAUGAGCAUUCUCUAUUCUGCUGACCUG